AUGUUCUUACGUGGCGCGAGGAUAGCAAAUGCGCGCCACAACGCAUGAGGCGUAUUUUAGCGCCUGUCCUUGUUCUCCUUAUUAUUGAAAAUAAUUUCCCACCUUCAACCUCUUGGCUUCUCUGAUAAGCUCAAUUGCUUAAAAUACUCCCCCCUAAGACUCCCACACCCAAUUUUGGUCCUUCUCUAUCCCUCACAAAACCGCCAUUGCUAGCUAUUCUCUCUCUCUCUUAUCCCGCUUUAAGUUUCCUCAAACGUUCUGACAAGAAUAAAAAGCACCACCCCAAACGAAGCAAAGCUAAUAAUAUGUUCAGAGACUGUUGAUCGAUGAUUCCGAAGUUCAGACGCAGCGACUCUUCUUCUGUUCAACAAAUGCGAAUCGGAUUUUGACUAGCUCCAUCAAUUUGCAGAAACUGUACGUACGGUAGGGUUUAAUCUUUUGGUUCUCUUCUGUUUUUUAGCUGACGUUUGGCUCUUCCGUGUCGGAGAAACGACUCCGGAGGGUGGCAAAGUCGUCAGCUGGUCUGUGCACGUGAGCAGCACGUGAUCGUCGUCGCCGGAGCAGGUACGUGAAAAAAUGCCUCACAGAACGACUUACUUCUUCCCGAGGCAAUUUCCGGAUCGCCGCUUCGAUUCGUGCUCUUCUGCCAAACAGUUGGUACCGCAAGAUAGUCAUCUUCAUCAUCAUCUCGAGAAACAGAGCAGCGGCAGCAAUGAAAACGACGUCGUCGCCAGCAUCAUUGAUCACCACCAAAAGUCUAACAACAACAACAACCACAACAGCACCAAAUUCACAGCUGUAUCCGAUCAGUAUUUCACGGGCGGCCGAAACACCACCACAAGUAGUACCAGCAGCGGCGCCAGCAAGCAAUCCACCAAGAAGCAACAGCUGGCUUCCAUUUGCGACUGGUUCGUCACAGAGAAAAAGCACAACAACAAGAGGAGAACCAAACCCAGCCACGUGAGGAGGAGCAUGAGAUCGUCGCUGCCGUCGUUCUCCUGCCACGUACCAGACGAGGAUCGCGAGCUUCUGCUUCGGCCAGAAGCCGUCGAUGUGUCGUCAGCGGUGCCGGAUACGAAGUCGUUCAAGGUCGACCGGAGCGUUGACAGGAACUUUGACCGGCAGGUGUCGCUGCCGAGGCUCUCAAGCGGGAGUAGCUACGCCGGGAGCUUGUUCUCCGGGACGACGACGCUGGACGGGAACUUCUCCGGCGACGUCAAGGACUCGUCGGCGACGACGAGGCCGGUGGAGGAAGAGGAGGAGGAGGAGGAGGUGGUGGGAGUGGGAGUCGAGGCGAGUAGGGAUAGCUCGGCGCAGAGGUCCAAGGAGAGCUACUAUUUGCAGCUUCUAUUGGCCAAGAGGAUUAGCGCUCAAGCUACUCUCGGUAGUGAGACGUUGCUUUUGCGCCACACUGGCUUUGAGGUUACCGAUGUUGAGACGGUGUCGUAUCGCCUCUGGGUUAGUGGCUGCUUGUCUUACAAUGAGAAAAUAUCGGAUGGUUUCUACAAUAUUUUGGGGAUGAAUCCGUAUCUAUGGGUGAUGUGCAAUGAUGUGGAAGAAGGUAAACGUCUACCAUCGCUGAUGUCACUUAGAGCAAUUAAACCCGCAGAGACAUCAAUGGAGGUGGUUCUUGUUGACAAACAUGGGGACUCUCGCCUCAAGGAACUUCAAGAUAAGGCACAAGAACUUUAUUGUGCUUCAGAGAAUGCCUUGGUGUUGGUGGAGAAACUUGGCAAGCUUGUCGCCAUCUACAUGGGGGGUACUUAUCCUGUGGAGCAAGGAGAUCUCCACAUGCGCUGGAAAGUGGUUAGCAAGAGAUUGAGGGAAUUCCAAAAGUGUAUUGUGCUCCCCAUUGGCAGCCUAUCAAUGGGGCUCUGCAGGCAUCGUGCUAUUCUCUUCAAGAAAUUGGCAGACUACAUAGGUUUACCUUGCCGGAUAGCUCGUGGUUGCAGGUAUUGUGUGGCAGAUCAUAGGUCUUCUUGUCUUGUUAAAAUUGAAGACAGGCAGCUUGUGAGGGAAUAUGUGGUUGAUCUAGUUGGGGAACCCGGAAAUGUCCAUGGCCCAGAUUCCUCGAUCAAUGGAUCUCUGUCUUCAAUAUCUUCACCAUUUCAAAUUUCUCAGCAAAAAGAGUUCCAACGAAUUUAUAGGGAUAGUGGAUUAUGUUCCCAAAUUAUAAACUCAAAGCACACUCGUCCACCUCCUGAAGAUCCUCUGUAUCCAGGCUACAGAGAGGAAAGCCAGGUCCUGAAAGAUAGUAGUUUGCUUCCAGUUGAUCAAACUAGAUUUGGGAUGGAAGCUUCUGUAAUGCCUUUGGACUUGAAAGCGAAUGCGGAGCAUUGCCUUCUCCAGACACCAAUGCCACCUUGUGUACAAGGUGAUAUUUCCGAAGCUGUUGAUGUGGGAGCUGCCAUUGCAUCAUUAGAGGAAUGUGCUAGACUAGGUGAAGAAAGUAUUAUUGUACAGCAAGCUUACCGGAAGGAGAUUGUUGUGUCAAGAAGUGGAGUAAUAUGUAGCAGUGACAAGUCCAGUCAAUCAGAUCUAGAGGAGGUUGACAGUAAGCUUGAGAUUCAAAGCCGAUUUUCUGCUGUCACUGUUCCUAGGUACUUGAAUCUCGAACCAUCUCUUGCCAUGGACUGGCUUGAGAUCGCAUGGGAUGAGUUACAUAUCAAAGAGCGCGUUGGUGCUGGCUCAUUUGGAACUGUGCAUCGUGCUGAAUGGCAUGGAUCGGAUGUAGCUGUCAAGGUUUUAACUGUUCAAGAUUUCCAUGAUGAUCAGUUGAGGGAAUUUUUGCGCGAGGUUGCAAUUAUGAAACGUGUCCGCCAUCCCAAUGUAGUUCUGUUCAUGGGUGCAGUUACAAAGCGUCCACAUCUCUCAAUAGUGACAGAGUAUUUACCUAGGGGUAGUCUAUAUCGACUCAUACACAGGCCAGCUUCUGGGGAACUUCUGGAUCAUAGGCGGCGGCUGCGCAUGGCAUUAGAUGUGGCCAAGGGGAUCAAUUACCUCCAUUGUCUUAGCCCUCCUAUUGUCCAUUGGGAUCUUAAAUCUCCAAAUUUAUUGGUUGAUAAAAAUUGGACAGCGAAGGUAUGCGAUUUUGGGUUGUCCAGGUUCAAAGCAAACACUUUCAUAUCAUCGAAAUCUGUUGCUGGAACACCUGAGUGGAUGGCUCCAGAGUUCCUUCGCGGAGAGCCCUCAAAUGAGAAGUCUGAUGUCUACAGUUUCGGAGUAAUCCUUUGGGAACUUGUGACCAUGCAACAACCUUGGCUUGGGCUUAGUCCUGCGCAAGUAGUUGGCGCUGUUGCUUUCCAGAAUAGAAGGCUUGCUAUACCAGCAAAUACUCCCCCAAUGUUGGCUUCUCUUAUGGAAUCCUGCUGGGCUGAUGACCCUGCUCAGCGCCCAACAUUUAAAAGUAUAGUGGAGUCGCUGAAGAAGUUGCUAAAAUCUCCUCUGCAGUGGGCACAGGUGAGUGGAACAUAGAGAACGAGAGUACUUCUGCCCAGAGCUGGAUGGGACAGUUGCGCAAGCGUUGAUGGUUAAACCCUGAUAGUCAUCAAUUCCAACGAACUGACUGAGCUUCUAGGUUCUCGGCAAUUAUACAUCUAUCUAACCCAUAUUAGAAAGCAGUUGCAAAGCAUUUGGUCAUCAAUUAGUGCAUGAUGUACCUUGCGUAUUAUUACGGAGUUUCUAGUUGGAGCAGCGUCUCCCUGGUAAAGCCCUCUUUCAUUAGAUCCUUUUUGAAAAUCUGUAACAAAAAUUGAUAAGUUAAUACUUUGCUUGUAUUUGUUUGUAAGCUUAUGCUCAUUUAUUACACCUACCAAGGUCUUAUUUCUUGGUGCUAGUAAUGCGUUAUACAUUA